AUGUCAACAUUAAAUAUAGAUGAUAGUGAUGCCUUCGUCCACGAAGGCGCCUCGUUCUCGGUGUCUCGGCGACAUCAAAGCCUGUCAUUACAGCCUUGCCUAGGGCUCCUGUCACCAAGCGUGACCUUCCGGCCUUCCGGCAGUUCGGCGCUCGCGGAAGUAUACACGAUCGCGGAAGUAUACACGAUCGCGGUAGGCGAGUCCUUCGGUGGUGGGAUGGUGAUCUACAACCGUGGAAUUGAUUAUACGGGGCAGGUGAAGGGUGGCUACUCGGAGGCCAUCUUCCACAUUGAGGAGGGCGGCUCGCUGUCCAAUGUCAUCGACGAACCCAACCAGAUUGAGAGCAACGAGGGCGACACAACCGAUGUCAAUGGCGGUGGCGCCUACGGCGCUGAGGAUAAGAUUAUCCAGCACAAUGGUGGCGGUACCGUCAGCAUCAGCGACUUCCCCGUCGAAGACUUCGGUAAGCUGUACCGCAGCUGCGGCAACUGUGACAAUAUGUACGAACGCCAUGUAAUUCUAGACGGCAUCACUGCCUCUACUGGCUCGUCCCCUGUUGGUAUCAACUGCAACUAUGGUGACACCGUCACCAUCAGCAACGUUAUCGUCAGUAACAUUAGCGACAUAUGCGUCGAGUACGAGGGCAAUAACACUGGCGAUGAGCCUGAGAAGAUUAGCUCCGGCUACUCGGACUACUGA